AUGGAAGAGACAAAAUUGCGUAUUGCUAUCGUUAAUAAGGAUAAGUGCAAACCCAAAAAGUGUAAACAAGAAUGUAAAUCUGCUUGCCCUAUUAACAAAUCAGGCAAAUAGUGUGUUAUUGUUACUCCUAGUGAUAAGAUCAGCAAUAUUUAGGAAUCAUUAUGUAUAGGUUGUAAUAUGUGUGUUAAAAAAUGUCCUUUAUAGGCUAUCAAGAUUAUUAACUUGCCUAAGGAUAUGUCCAAGGAUUUGGUCCAUAGAUAUGGUCCUAAUACCUUCAAGUUACACAGAUUACCUACUCCUCGUGCUGGUUAGGUUUUAGGUUUAGUUGGUACUAACGGUAUUGGUAAAUCUACAGCUUUGAAGAUUUUAGCAGGUAAAGAAAUGCCUAAUUUAGGUCGUUUCGAUAACCCUCCUGACUGGAAAGAAUUACUUUAAUACUUCAGAGGUUCAGAAUUAUAAGGCUAUUUCACUAAGAUGCUUGAACAAGAAUUCAAGUCUUCAAUUAAGGUUUAAUACGUUGAUGCUAUUCCUAAGCACGUUAAGGGUGUUGUUGGUGAAAUCAUCAAGAAAAAAGAUACUAAGGGUAACUCUGAAAGAUUAAUAUAAGAAUUAGAAUUAUCUCAUUUACUUGAAAGAGAUAUUUCUUAACUUUCUGGUGGUGAAUUAUAACGUUUAGCUAUUUUGAUUGUUUGCAUCUAAAAUGUUUAGAUUUCUAUGUUCGAUGAACCUUCUUCUUAUUUGGAUGUAAAGCAAAGACUUAAAGCUGCCCAAGUUAUCAGAAGUCUUAUUGAUGAAAAGAAUUACAUUAUUUGUGUUGAACACGAUUUAUCCGUUUUGGAUUAUCUUUCUGAUUUCGUUUGCUGUCUCUAUGGUUCUCAAACUGCUUACGGUAUUGUUACUAUGCCAUUCUCUGUCCGUGAAGGUAUUAACAUCUUCCUUGCUGGUUUCAUCCCCACAGAAAAUAUGCGUUUCCGUGACUACGGUCUCAGUUUUAAGGUUGCUGAUAAUUUAGAACCUAUCGAUUUAAAGAAGAUGUCUCACUACACUUAUCCUGCUAUGGAAAAGCAAUAAGGUGCAUUCAAGCUCUCUAUCUGCCCUGGUGAGUUCAAUCAAUCUCAAAUCGUCGUACUUUUGGGUGAAAAUGGUACUGGUAAAACUACCUUCAUUAAAAUGUUAGCUGGUAAAGACCCUGCAGUUAAAGACAAAAUCCCUGAAUUAAAUGUUUCUUACAAGCCUCAAACUGUCAAUCCUUCCUUUGAAUCCAGUGUACGUGAUUUGUUAAACAUGAGAAUUCCUGGUGUUUACACUCAACCUGCCUUCGUUUCUGAUGUAACCAAGCCUAUGCUUCUUGAUGAUAUUAUUGAUAACUAAGUUCUUGAAUUGUCAGGUGGUGAAUUAUAAAGAGUUUGCAUUAUUUUAGCUUUAGGUAAGCCUGCUGAUGUUUAUUUAAUCGAUGAACCCUCUGCUUACUUGGAUUCUGAAUAGAGAAUUAUUGCUGCUAAAGUUAUUAAGAGAUAUAUUUUAAAUAGUAAAAAAUCUGCUUUCGUUGUAGAACAUGAUUUCAUUAUGGCUACUUAUCUUGCUGAUAGUGUCAUUGUUUAUGAAGGUACUCCUGGUAAAGAAUGUAAGGCUAACAGUCCUCAAAGUUUAGUAAGUGGUAUGAACAGAUUCUUAGAAAUUAUGGGUGUCACUUUCAGAAGAGACCCUUCAAACUUCAGACCUAGAAUUAAUAAAAUCGACUCAAUUUUGGAUAGAGAACAAAAGAUUGCUGGUAACUAUUUCUCCUUAGAAGAGUGA